AACGAAAAUGAAUAGAUAAGGUUACAUAAGAAAGAAAAAAUGAAAAGAAAAAGUCACAUGAGAAAUAACUAAAAAAGAAAGAUAAGGUAACAUGGGAAAGGAAUAGACAAAAAAAAAAUAAAAAUAUAUAUAAGGAAACAAGGAACACAUCAGAAAGGUAAGGUAAGUAAUUUUUUGAUGAACAUAAGAUGCAAUGAAAUAAAAUGCAAAAUAUUUCCAGGAAAAACUGACAAGUUAAUAUAUGAUAAAAAGGAUGGUAUUAUUUUGAGAAAAUGAAAAGGUUGGUAGUAGUAGUGUAUACCACUUGAGGUGGUUUAUGGUUGUUUAUUGGGUAUGAAACUGUUUAUUUAAUUAUGACGAUGGUAGUUGGUAAAUAUUGGUGAUAUAGUUGUCAUCAAGAUACAAGGAUAAUUUCCCGCUAGACGUGCACUAGUGCCUUCUUUGACGAAAGAAAUAAUUUCAUUUUCUUUUAGUGUAUGUGUGUGUGUGUGUGUGGUACAAAUGAGGUAAGGUCGAAGUCCUCCUUUGAAAUGUUUUCUUCCUUCAGAGUUUUUUUGUAAGAUCGGAUGACAUAGUCUAAGCAGGAUUUUACGAUUAGCAAAAAUGGGGCCUUAAUAAAUGUUACUGUGUACUUUAUUUAUCAGUAUCAGGUGAUAUUAGUAUGUUUGCUGUCAAUUUACACAGUCCAUAAGACUUCAGAUAAUGAUUCAGAGCAGGAAAAUGAACCAGACUAUUAAAUAGUAGUAUUAUUAUCCUUUAAAAAAUAUACAUCUUAUAAUGUAAACGAAAUAAUUUUUGUUUAAAUUUUUUAUAGAUAAUAAAUUCAGUGCAUUAAAAAUGGUUCUUUCAAAGUGGUAUGAUGAUAACAAAGGUCUUCCUAUGUUGAAAGUGUUGUUCAGAGAUGUCCUUGGAACUUCGAAACUGUCAACAAUAACUCACACGAUGGAGAUAAUAGAUUACUUGGUUGAAAAGCGUCAUUUGACUCCAAGCAAUUUUAAUAUCAUAAGUGAUAUCAUUACCUUAACCAGACAUUAUGGUCUUCAAGAAUUAAUUAGAAGCAUUUUCCCGUCAUUCCCGGAAGAAAGGAAAGAAACUUUUACACAAAUGUUUUCACCUCACAGACAGCGAAUAAUGAAAUUUGGGAUGAUACUGACACCAUCCGAUGUGAGGCUCAUUGAUAAUUUAUAUAAUAUUCCUAGUAUGGAAUAUACAGACACAUGGAGUAUGAUCAGUGAUCUAGAGGACAGAACAAUCAUCAACGAUCGUAUGGGGAAAUUCAUUCGUUCAUUGGAAAAUCUUAAUCUCCGUCUGGCAUUAAAUGCACUAACAGAAGGAACAAAAUCGGCUUUGGCAUCUAAGCCUAAACUUCCGGAUACUCCACAAGUUCAAGGGUCGUACCAGAUGCCAGAAAUGUCUCCAUCGCAAUUCAAUCAACUGCUUAGAGAGGUUUCCAGGUGGUGGCAACUUCAUGGAAACGUGAAUAUGUUGAAUGUAAUACUUAGCGAAUUUAAAGUUAUUCCUGUAGUACUGAUGGAGGAGAAACAUGAGCCACGUGCUCUCUUCAAACAUCUUGAAGCCAUUGGGCUUAUCAGCAAAGCAAACGUUGAUAUCAUCAUCGAAACCAUUGUUUUGGGUGGCCAUUUCAGCCUAGAACGGGUGAUCCAAAAAUCGAUACCGACAUUUCCGGAAUUGAGAAAAGUUGAAAUCAAAAAAUUUUCCAAGUAUCGACAAAAUGUGCUCAACUUUGGUAAGGUUAUAGAUAAAAAUGACAUGCAAACCAUUGGUUUCUUGUAUGACCUUUACAUGCCCGAACUGAAGGACCCGUGGUGUUUAAUAUUUCAAUUGGAAAAGGAUGGUAUUCUAACUGAUGACCUACAUGCAAAGCAAGCAUUUAUUGACAAACUUAUGAAAAAUAAAAUGAAAGCUGAAGCCCGAGCACUGAACAAAUUUUAAAAUGAUAAGGAGAUUAUGAACAAGAAAGAACAAGGAAAGAAAGUGAAGGUAACAUGAGAAAGAAAAGAGAAAGAAAAGAUAAGGAAACAUAAGAAAGACAAAGAACAGGAAACUUAAGAAAUAUGAUGAAAAAGGAAUGGAUAAUGAAUCAUAAGAAAGAAAAAUGAAAGAAUAGAAAAGGUCACAUGAGAAAGAACAAGGAAAGAAAUCUGAGAAAAUCGUUAUUAUUAUUAUAUUAUUAUUAUUAUGACAAUUAUUGAAAUAAAGAAAGAAACAAAAACAUUAUUCGGCAAAUCCGCUUAACGUCCUCACAUGCGCGUAUGAAUUUUAUAAAGAAAGAUAAGGCAGCAUAAGAAAGACAAAGAAAAGAAAAGUACAGGAGAAUUAAGAAAGAUAACGAAAAUGAAUAGAUAAGGUUACAUAAGAAAGAAAAAAUGAAAAGA